UAGAAAAAAAAAAAAAUGAUGGCCCGUCUUCUUGACACCAUAACUCCAAAGUCCUGGGAAUGCAAACAAGAGAACAGCUGCCUUUCUCCUGUCACCCCCAAGAAUCCACCAGACUCCAAAAGCAUGAAAGAGCUGAGCCAGAGAGAGCUCUCUGAAGAUGAAGCUUGGGAGAGAUUCUUUGCUGCUUCUGCUCUCGAAAAGGAGGAGACCAAUGAGCUCUUUGAGGCUCUGUAUGGGUUAUAUGGUGACAAGCUGUUUGAUGGUACCACUGGGCAAGAUGGUGUUCUCUCAGCUGAGGACAAAAUCUUUUUGAAAGAGUUUCCUGAGAAGAAGAUGGAACUUGAGGAGCGUAUCCAAGGCCUUCAGUCCAUUGCAGACCAAGUUGACAAGACCCACAAGAAAUGUACCAUCACCAAUGUGGUAGCCGGCUCCACCAGCGUCAUCUCUGGUGUCAUGACCAUCCUGGGCUUGGCUCUUGCACCGGUUACGACAGGAGGAAGCUUGAUCCUCUCAGCUUCUGGGAUUGGCUUGGGGGCAGUAGCUGCGGUCACCAGCCUUUCCUCAAGUGUCAUUGAACAUGCCAGCAAUUUGGCAGCAAAAGAGCGAGUGAGCAACCCCAAGGGAGCAAAGGGCCAAGCGGCCGUGGUGGUGUUGUGUAAGGAGGCAUCCCAAGUUGUUUCUGUUGUUCAGAAGUGUGUUUCUAUAGGUAACCAAGUCAUAGAAGACAUCAACAAGAACAUUCGUGCCUUUCACUUGGCUAAAGCCAACCCCCGUUUAACUACUACUGCCAAAAAUCUCAUGACCACUGGGUACCUCUCAACUCGAAGUGCCCGGAAGGUGGAGAAGGCCUUCGGUGGGACGGCCCUAGCCAUGUCCAAAGGCUGCAGGAUGAUGAGCGCCAUGACAGCAGGGGCAUUGGUUUUGGUAGACGCGAUUACCUUCAUUCGGGACCUGAACCAUUUACUGCAGGGAGCAAAGGCUGAGGUGGCAGGAGAACUGAGAGAGCAGGCUCAUGAGCUGGAAAGGAAACUGGAGGCACUUUCCCAGGCCUAUCACAGUCUGUUGGAUAGCAUCCCCUCACACAGCAAUGGAGAAGGGGAGGCUGGCGAUGAUGUGAUGGCUUCAGCUUAAUAGGAGCACAAGAGUGCCUUCCUUUAGGCUAAGAUUUGUGGGGCAGGGGCUGAGGGAAAGUUCAGCCUGCAGACCACUGCUAGAGUUCAGACACUGUCUUAGGAGAACUAAGGCAUGCAUCUGGACCAGGGACAAACUAACUGGCGCUCCCAUCUGGCCAAGAAAUGACUAAUGAAUUUUUGUCGGUAUUGUUGGUUCCCAUAUUUUUCUUUGUCUAUGUUUAUGACUCUCUCUCUCUCUCUC